GGCUGUGAUGUUCUAUACUAAAAUAGGAUUAUGUUUUCAAUCAAUGACGGCAAGUAACUAAUGAAUAUGAUUUAUUCAGCGAGUAGAGUGUAUUUAAGCCUCCAAACAAAUAUUCGUUCUCGUUCUCUAGAAAGACGGUCGAAAAAUCGUUGGAAUUAGAUAUGAUUCAAUCGUAAAAAUUUAGCUUCACCGAAUAUUUAUGCAAUAAUUAACUAAAAAAUGUUAUAUAUUCAAACACAUAUUGUGCAUCUAUUGGACAUUGGUCUAGUGUAAAGUGUACAUCUAUUACCUGGUUCAAUUUUAGUUCUCUUUCUGGAAAUGAAAGCCCGCCCAUAAAACCCACAGCCAUUUUCAAACUUUUAGAUCCCCCGUCCGGUGUAUAUGGGUGUGUGUGUGUGAGAGAGAGAGACAGUAAUUUUCAAAAAUAGCUGAUCGAAAGUCGAAGCCUGCUGCGAACUUCGCAAGUUGGAAAAAAACGUCGGCAGGUUGAUUCAAUUUCAAGUUACGCCGGAGUCUCUCCGUUGGCUGAAUAGGCGGACAAGUAACACCACUCUAUUGGCGGUUUCCGUCUCUUUCUCCGGCGAAUUCGAGCUGUAAGUGUUUGCAGAAAAUUUCUCCAAUCAAUGGCCAGAAAGAGAGGAAGAACUUGCAAAAAGAGUCAAAAAAUCACGAAGGAUGCUCAGGAAAAGCAUCAAGUGGAAAAGGAAGAUGAUAUAUUAAUCAAUCACGAAGUUGAAUGUCAAAGUGCUGCAAUUAGGGCCAUUCGUGAUGUGGAGACUGAACAAUUACUAACUCAGCUGCGUUUGCUUCGGUCGAAUUUCAAUGAAGAACAGCUGCAAAUUCCAGUAAUGCAACUUUUUAGGGAAAACCUUCCGAACCUGGCUGUUACUAGGAAAGAGGAUGGCACUCAUGAAGUGAAAUGGAAGGAGGCUGAUGAUAAUCUAAGCAUCGACCAACUUGAUGGAAGAUAUCUGCAUGCUUCUCUUCUACAACAGCUGUCAAUGGCUUACCCUGAUUGCUCCAAUGCCAUACCAUCAUUUGGUGGAUUUGGACUUUCAAGCAAAUCAGUUAAAGCAACUCUAUUUGGUGCUGAAAACAUGCAGAUCAAGCAAUUCGUUCUAGAAGAGCCAUCUGAUGCUCAGAUGUUUGAGCUGCAGGAUACUCAUCAGACUCCUGGUGUGAAUAACAAUCAGUUAUCUGUUGGGAUGACACCCAAAACUCUAAGGCUUCCUAAGACCGGAGAAGUGCUUCUAUCGGUGCAUGGCUCUCCUCUUGGUGUUUACAAGGAAGACAACAUGGAACCAAUACAUGAGUCAGAAGAUGGAUGAAUGGCGUGCAGUGAUUUUAUUAGAUUGGAAAUAGAAGAUAUAGUUCCUCAUUGUAAAUAAAUGUGCUAAACUGGUGGACACUUGACUCAGAGAGAUCUCAGACAACUAGGAAGAGACGAUAUCACCCAUAAAGUGGCCACAUGCUUCUAAUUGUCUUACUUGAGCUAUAUUGAUGAGCCCUUGUACAGAUUAUGAUAGAAACUAGUAUAUGCUACUUCGCACCAGCAUCUGCUGACCAAACCUUUGACAGAUAGAAACUGUUCUAAUAUUGAUGAAAAGAUUGGAUUAUUUCUUUCCAUUCGUCAAAGCUUUGGUUGGUAGAUGCUGGUGCGAAGUAGCAUAUACUAGGUGAAGUGGUUCGUGCGUGCAUGUUGGCUUGACAACACCGUUAUCCAAAAUAAAAAAGAACACUGAUGAAAAAAGACAGAUAAAAUACAGGUGGGCCAGUCACAUUUUCUUUUCUCCAUUUUGGUUCAUUUAGCAUUUUCUCCUGUUGCAAAGGUUGAUACCUUAUUUAUUUUAAAUGAAUACCCUUUCAAAAAUUAUAUUCCAUAGCUACCUUUUGACUUU